UCGUACUCCACAAAAUAUUUCCAACAUUCCUUUCAUAUCUUCCAUGGCAGAACGGGUGAAGGGAUAAAAGCCGUAUUUUUAUUUUCUUUCAAUUUUUGUAUCAGCUAAAAGGAAGGAAGAGCCAAAAAGGGCUCCCUGAAAUGUAUGUGAUUUCCAAGCGUCUGAUUAUCAGUGGAGAGAUUGUUGUACAAGAGAGUGAGUGGGAAAAGGAGAGAUAACUGAUAAGUCAAGAAGCAAGAAUUCAAGAUUCAACCAUAUUCAGCAGCCACCUUAAAUACAGGCAGGUGUUUACUUUUAAGUUUUAUCCACCACCAGAAAUCUUCAAUGGAGAAUUCCUCAAAGCCAAAAGCAGCAGCAGCAACUAGUGUGUUGAAAGCAACUGAUCUUGCAUAUGCAAAAUGCGAGUGUUGUGGCCUUACGGAGGAGUGCACAGGGGAAUACAUAAAGCGUGUUCGUGACCGGUUUUGGGGGCGUUGGAUUUGUGGGCUGUGCUCGGAGGCAGUGAAGGAUGAGGUGGUGAGAUCAGAGAAAAGGAUUGGGAAUGAAGAAGCUCUGAAUCAGCACAUGAGUUUCUGUAAAAAAUUUAAGAAUCUAAGCCCCCCAAAAAGUCCAACUGAUGAUGAGCUCAUCUCUGCUGUCAAGCAGCUGCUGUUCAAGAGCCUCGACUCGCCCGUCAAGAAGCAGAAGCAGCGCUGUUUGAUUCUUGAGGGAUAGAAAUUGUUUUCUUCAACUGAUAUGUUAGUUGCUUGUAGUAGGUUGGAGAAUGUUUCUGUUCCAUUUGUUACAAGAUAGCUGACAAGGAUCUGAAUGAGUUUAAUUUGUAGCAUUUGGAUUCUAGGUUGCCAAAAAAGAUGGUUGUGGGGUUAAGCUGGAGAUUAAGACGACCUUGCUAGGACCAUGAUGCCUUUUCUCCAUUAAA